AUGUUGCACCGGAAACACACAGUGGCCAGUGAACACCGGUCAGUCCAGUGGGUGCCCGAGGUAGACGUGGUCACCGACAGCCUGGACAUGGCACUGCUGUCCGUUUACAGUCAUUCGGGUCUCACGUUCCCCGGGGCCGAACAGGUGUGCAAGCAAAAGGAGACUUUUAUGCUGUGCCUGAAGUGAGAACCACACCGAACAUAACCUAACCUCCUAAGUAUUCCGACUCCCGGCGUUUCUAAUUAUAUAGGUACCUACCCAAGGUCAUCAAAUCGCCGACAUUCCAUCAAACGUUAUUGCUUUUUAUUUCCAAGAUGCUAAUGUUUAUAACAAAAGAUAAUGGAUAAUUUAAUCCCCCAUCCCCGAACAAAUUUAAAUUUAGGCGGAUACAAAUAAGCAAAGUAGUUGGGUUAGGUUAUACAAAUUCACAAGAAAAAAAAAAAUAUAAUAUACUUACACCCUAUAUAAUAUUAUGAUGCAUUCAUUCCUAAACCCAGUUUAAAAGUUAAAAACAUACCGAAAGAACUCUAAUAAUCUCUUUAACACACCAUAAGGUUGGAGUUAUCGCAGUGGGCAGUUGUCAAUCAAAUUAGAUUUAAUUUAAAAAAUAUAUAUAUAUAUUUAUAAUUUUAUUUUUCCAUUAUAUAGUACAAAAUACAAAUUGCAAUCAGAUGUGUGUAAUCUGUUGCAAGUACUUGUAACACAACUGCUGAACUACAGUCAACACACUUCACCGUUUAGAAGAUAGUAAAGUAAUAAGUACACUGCCACAGUAAACUAAUGAAAUAGGAAUUUAUUUGAUAUUAUUUUUGGUAUUCAAUGUUUAUCGUCACCGGUGCCUAACAAAAUUAUUCAGGCAAUUAUUGAUUUCCAUCGGGAAAAAUGAUUUUGUAAAUAGAGUAGGUAGGACAUUUACCAUGAUGUGUCAAAAUUAGAUAUUUCUUUAUUAUUCUUCACAUUUUCUCCAGAGGGGUGAGAAUGGACAUUGUCCGGAAGAAAAACUAGGGUGUGGGAAUGAAACGGUCAAAUGCACACACGCGGCUGGUACGAAAAUUGUAUUUGCCCGUGACCACUGCUGUUGCGUAUUGUGUACAACGGCUGUCUAUUCAUAAAACGCAGUAAGUCACAAUUCACACAUUUUACAUAGUAAUUGGUCUAACAUAGGAAUAGUCACGAUUAUAGAUAUACCUAUAAUAUCUAUAAUUGUGGGACAUAUUAUAGGUACACCUAUCCGUAUGGGAUAUUGAGAUUUCAAAGAUUAAUUCCAAAGAGAAUUUAAAUAAUUCGACACCAAAAGUGUGGCUCCAAAAAUCUGCGCAAUUCAAUUUCGAUCAAAAUAAUAACAAAACAUAAAUAAUGAAUAAGAAUGCACAUACUUUGUUUUAUGAUUAGACAGCCGAAUGUCACAUAAGGGCAAUGAUAAUUGUUUUUCUCAACUUUUUGAAUCAAAUAUUUUUUUAAUACUAUAAAAAUAAUUUUUAUUCUCGUCUUUAAAAUAAAUAUGAAUGCAUUCAUAGUUUAUAAUAUAUACAUAGAUAUAUUAAUAAUUUAUAAAAUAUUUUUAUGUUGUAGUAAAAUAAUAAUGUAUAGUUUUCAAAAUUGUAAGUGGUACACCAUUGCAUGUGCUAACACUAGGUAGGUUAGGUAAAUACAGUUUAGAAGUUAAAUUAUUAGCCCCCAGACUUUUCUUAGUUUUCAAUUGUACUCAUUUGUCUCUGAACUUGUGGGGGGGGGAUGGCUGGAGUCCCAGUUGUUUUUUCUCUUAUAAUAUUUUCAAGUAAACUCCUCUUUGUAGACAACAAUGCAUAAUACAGAAGACAUUUUUUAUUUUUUAAAGGAUUCUUAAUAGAAAAAUAUAUUCAUUUUUAUUCAUAAAUUAAUUCUUUAUAAUAUAUGAAACCUAUUGUAACAUGUCUAUCAUUGUCAGUAUAGACUUCUUCCUAACCUAACUUCUUCAUUACUUGUGUUGUGGUGUAUAUAGCAAGUAUACAACAUAAAAAUAUUGGCAACAGCUCCUAAUAAUUGUUUAGUAGGUAUAUAAAAGAGAACAAUCAUAGCCAUUGUGUUUCAUUAAAAUACUAUUUUUAAUAGUUGUAGUUUAAAAUAAUUAAAUUUAAGGGUACCUAUCUAUAGUAAAAACUGGUAAAAAAUAAAAUAAAUGCAAGACAAUAAUUAUUGUGAAGACGUGAAGGGUAAUUUUUACUUUCGUUCUUUAAAAUAAAAUAACGUAAAAAAAAUAUCAUCAUUUUGUUGUUAAUGAAAAAUAAAAUAUUAAAAAUUACAUAUCAUUGAAAAUCAAUAAAUUUUCCAUUGUGCUGGAAAUUCUAAGUUAGGAAUAUAUUUUUAUUGUAUUACAUUAAUAUUAUUAUUUGUGAUGUCUAUGUAUUAUAAUUAUAAUUUUUUACUAAAGUUUUUUUUUUUUUAUAGGAAACAAAUAAAUAUUUUCCGACCAGACCAUAAUGGAGAAAAGAUUUUUAGAAAUCAUCCGUUGAAAAUGGGUGGACUCAUUGGUGAAGGGAAAGAUAUUAAUAGUAUUAAACUUGGAUUAGCCGGAAGUCAUAUUUCACAAACUAAUCACGGGUACUCUAGAAAAGAAGAUGGGACUUUUUAUAACUAUUAA